GUGGCGUGUAGUUGAAGUUAUAUUGGAGUGUAUUUGCCAUUUCUUAUGUUACUUGGUACAAUAUUGAGUCGUGUAUUUUUAAUGGCUGCAAGGCUGUUUCAAUGAUUUCAUGGCUACAAUGAAGGCUUGGACUAUGUUUACAAGUUUGGCUGUGUUGUUGCUGGUAUGUGCUAGUGUUACAGCCCAAGAUGAGCUCAACACCAACUGUACCUUAACCCCUGUCAUCACGGAUCAGCUGAAGACGAAACUCUUUGAGUACUUUGAUAAAUCGUCUGAGACCAAAUUGCUAGAAUAUAAGUUGGUAUUUGACAACUACACGAACAAUCAGAAAUGCAAGGAUUCGGCUACUUGGAGGUGGUUUCGUGCACAAGAAUUUGGAUCUGUAUAUUUUUUCUUCUUCAAUGAAGAUUUUUGGGCUAACAGAAUCAAAUUUAAAAGCAUCAGCGAUUCUGUUGAAAUAAAAUUUCAAACCAUUCCUGCUAAAUGUCUUGGGAACUUAACGUGUAGAGAGCAGCAGUCUUUGAUCAGAAACGCUUUAAUUUCAGAUUUUAACCUGAAAAAAGAACUUCAACAGAAUGAUAUAGAACUUUCUAAAAACGUAGAGAUCUGCCUGAAUGAAAAUAAGAAUGACAUGUUUGAACAUUAUAGGUGUUGCGGCUUCAAUCGAUGGAAUGAAUAUUAUUGCAAUGACCAAAGUGUCAAUUUUAAAAUCGUCUACUUCUGCGUACCCUUCAUCAUAUCUAUUUGUAUUAUGUUGUGUGUUAUAUAUAAACUGUGGCUCAGUUACAGAACAGUCAAAUUUGGUAUUUAUCCAGAAGCCAAUACAGUGAUAAAUGAAUGGAAGAAAAUCCAAAGUAGACCAGGCGAGAGUGUACAUGGAUACAAAACUGUAUUAGCAUCCAAGUUUAUGACAAUGGAAGGCUCGGCUUGGCUACUGUUCGACUAUUACAUUCACAAGCUCUUUUUCUUCUGCGCUGGUUAUAGCGCUGAACACAUAUCCUUUUACAUGCCGCGGCUGAAACAUUUAGCCACAUCCGAUCCCAAAAUGCAACAGAAAUUAUGUUGGAAAUUAUCUUUUUUUUCCAACGUCGACUCGCCAUUAUUUGUUACUCUACUAUUGGAAAGAUUUUUGCUGACUCUUCCUUUUGUAGAGUUAGUUGUCGAAAGUUUAUUAGAAAAGGACUAUGCUAGGGCCGCCAUAUUUUUUAUAGUUUCUACAAUCAUCUGCUUGAUGCUUGACAGAUUUUGCUUUAAGCAAAAUGCAGAGUGUUCCUUUCACAUAUUUACACAAAAUAAAAUAAAACAGUGCAUCAUAAUCUUCAUAAUAUCUAUUUACGCUGUAGUGUUUUACUUUUCCAUUUUUUGGUAUGUCAAAUUAAUAUUCAAGUUAAUUGCUAUAGCCUUCGUAGAAUUUGAGAAAGCUGAUGUUAUAAUUAGCAUUGCACUAGUUGUAGUCAUCUACUUGCAUGGUGUUUUCGAGACAACUAACUCACAGUUGAUAAUGUGCCUGAGAGAUUUUAAAGUUGCAUUAGAUGAUGUAGUGUGUACUAAAGGAGACGAGCGAACGAAAUAUUUCACAUUUCUACUAGAGUGUGAAGGAUCAAGCGAGGACAACCAAGGGCACAAACCUGUCACUUCCGACAUGUGUGAUAUCUCACUUCAUGCAACCACAGAUCGCUCACGUCUAGUAGUAUCGUCAGGCGGAUCCGAUGAACCUGAAAGUAUUACAAAUAUAUCUGUCAGUAAUAAGCUACCAUUAUUCUAUGACACGGAUGGGAAUUUAUACGUUUGGAAAGAGUUGUUUUACAACUGUUGUCGCCAGUUCUUUGGUAGACGACCGCAGUCAUGUUUAAACAAGAUCGUAAUGGCAACAAAGUGUUGCAUUUUGAGCUGCUACCUUCUGAUGCUCGGAAUGUUGGUCUGGUAUUUUGAAGAUUUUUACGACUACAGUUUUCUGAAAACAGUGUUUAUCAUAAUCGCUGGCGGAAUGCUGCCUAAGGUGCUUGGAAUGGUGUUUGGGGCACGUCCUAAGGAUGUAUCGUUGCAAAAUACUGAUAACGGGUUCCAAAUAUUUGUUCAAAAAGAAAUCGAAGCCAUUUAUAAAAUGGCUAAUAAGGAUGUUCUACUGAUUGUUGGGAGAACAGGAAAUGGCAAAAGCUCAUCAUUCAGAUCAAUCAGGUCAGUUCUUAAAGACGAGACAACAGCACCUGGGACCUCAACAACAGCACCUGGCCCCUCAACAAUACUACCUGGCUUAGAUUUUGCCACCUACACAGAGGACAAUCUUGAACUGAUUGAUGGCACUGGGAUCGGUGAUAACGGUGAAGAUAUGAUAGUGAACGCUGAAGAUUUAGUCAAAUCGAUAUCAAGAAAAUUGACCAACGGUUUUACUGCUCUGGUUUUUGUAGUCAAGUACGGCGUGAGGUUCACUAAACAAGAAGUAGACGCAGUGGAAACUGUCAAAUCUAUUUUCGGCAAUGACGUAUUUAAACAAUGGGGGAUUAUCCUCAUGACGUAUGGAGAUAACUUUUACCUUGACCAUGAUGAUGAUCCCAAUUCUUUUAAAGCAUGGUGUCAAGAUCAAAAUGGAGAUUUUAAAAAUCUUUUUGAUGAAUGCAACAAAAGGUGUGUACUAUUUAACAACAAGACAAGCGAGUCAUCAGUUCUUGAAAGUCAACAUAAGAUGUUAAUGAAACAAGUAGAAGCUGUAAGAAAAUUAUCAAGUGGCCUCUACACAAGCGCGCAUCUUAAGUCUGCUGAGCGGAGUCGAAACUAUUGGGCAAGGAAAAACAAGGGGAAAGUUACUUAUAAUACUUUUAAUUGA